AUGGUGAGUGUACAUUUAGUCGGAAGCAGGGCUGGUCGGAAUUGACCUUUCGGAAUUUUGGAAGUCCCAUUUUCACUCCCGAUUUUAUUUUCGGAAUUUCGGCAUUCCGACUUUUUAUUCCGAAUAAUUUUUCGAUAGUUCGGAAUUCCGAUUUUUUCUUCCGACUUUUUUUUCGGAAUUUCGAAAAAAAUUCGGAAGUCCUAAUGCGCAGGAAAAAACUGGAAAACGACAUUUUUCGAUGAGUUAUCAGAACAAUUAUAGUGAAAAUAGUUGCGAAAAAGUGAAUCUUGUUCUUUAGUUCAUCAAAGACAACAAAUUUGUGUCUAUUAUCGAUUAUUAAGAAAUUUUUCACCAUCAUUUCAGCCUUUAAAUAAAGUUUUCUCUAUAAAAGCAUAUAUUCCGAUAUUCCGAAAUUUUUCGAAAGUGAUUCCGACAAAAAAAUCGGAAUGAAAAAAAGUCGGAACGAGAGUCGGAAUUGGAGCAAUUCCGAGUUUUUCUUUCGGAAGUGCUUCCGACCAAACUACACUUCCGAAAAAACGUCGAUUUUCGGAAUUUCGGAAUUCCGAUAUUCCGAUUCCGACCAGCCCUGGUCGGAAGCUUGAAAAAAGGAAAUUUUUUUAGUUAAGGAGGUUAUUUAUAUUCCUAAUAUUCUGCACAAUUUUUGUACAAUCUUUGGAAUUUUUCAAAGAAAGUGAGGCUUGUAUGUCAGAAAGUGGAGAAGAAUUGAAUUGUGAGUAGAUUGAUUGAUUUUUUUUAAUUUUUGAUUGAUUUGGGUUUUUGAAGGUCCCAGCAAUUGGAUUUAUUAUUUUGAAUGUUGCGCGAAGGAAUGUUGCCUGAGAACUCAGGUUUGCUCUUUUUUUAAUUUUCAAACGCGAUGCAUCAAUAAAUGUCAAUUUUCCAGAUCGUUCCAGCUGUAAUUAUUGGUGUAAUUGCUCUAAUAAUGACAAUUUGUUGUAUUUUAUCAAGUAUUGCCUACUGUUGUUUUGGUGAUUAA